AUGAAGAAAUUUAGUUUUCACAAAGUUUUGGAUGGUUUAACUUCAUCUCCUAGUGGAAACUGCAGUAAUAGUAGCAGUGGCAGUGGGCCUGGAAGGAACUCUGGGAACUCCGGAGAGGCUGCAGGGACACCCAGGGAUGAAAUUCAGGAAAGGCUGACCUCAGACUACUUUCGGAUAAGCAAGACAGUUCGUCAUGGAUUUCCAUAUCUGCCCACUGUCUUAGCUUUUGACCCAGUUCAAAAGAUUCUGGCUGUUGGAACAAGAACAGGUGCAAUACGAAUAUUGGGCAGGCCAGGUGUUGAUUGCUAUUGUCAGCAUGAAAGUGGUGCUGCUGUUCUGCAGCUUCAAUUUUUAAUUAACGAGGGUGCUUUGGUUAGUGCAAGUUCAGACGACAUGCUUCAUUUGUGGAAUCUAAGACAGAAACGGCCAGCAAUUCUUCAUUCCCUGAAAUUUAAUCGAGAACGGAUUACUUUCUGUCAUCUACCUUUCCAAAGCAAGUGGCUCUAUGUUGGAACAGAGAGGGGAAAUACACAUAUUGUAAAUAUUGAAUCGUUCAUACUUUCUGGAUAUGUUAUCAUGUGGAACAAGGCUAUAGAACUAUCAACGAAGAUUCACCCUGGGCCUGUUGUACAUCUAAGCGAUAGCCCAAGAGAUGAAGGGAAAUUAUUAAUAGGUUAUGAAAAUGGGACCAUAGUAUUAUGGGAUUUGAGAUCAAAAAGAGCAGAUUUAAGAGCAUAUUAUGAUGAGGCUAUUCAUUCAAUGGGAUGGCAUCAUGAAGGGAAACAAUUUAUGUGCAGUCAUUCUGAUGGCAGUUUAACUCUAUGGAAUCUAAAAAGUCCCAGCCGGCCUUUCCAGAUAAUCAUUCCUCAUGGUAAGAUAUAUCCAUUGUUGCUGGCAUAUGGAAGUGACCCUUUUAUCAUUUUUUCUGGUGGACUUUCUUAUGAUAAACCUUGGCGAAGGCCAGAGCUGACAAUCAUGCAUGGAAAAGCAAUUACAGUGCUUGAAAUGGAUCACCCUGUGGUUGACUUUUUAACUCUUUGUGAAACUCCAUACCCAAAUGAAAUUCAAGAACCCUAUGCUGUUGUUGUACUAUUGGAAAAAGACCUAAUUGUUGUUGACCUGACUCAAAGCCAUUUUCCCAUUUUUGAAAAUCCUUAUCCCAUGGAUAUUCACGAUUCACCUGUUACCUGCACAGAAUACUUCGCUGACUGUCCUCCAGAUUUGAUUCCUGUGCUAUAUUCUGUAGGUGCAAAACAUAAAAAGCAAGGAUAUAGCAAUAAGGAGUGGCCUAUCACUGGUGGAGUAUGGAACCUAGGAUCACAAACAUAUCCUGAGAUUAUUAUUACAGGUCAUGCCGAUGGAUCAGUAAAAUUUUGGGAUGCUUCUGCCAUCACACUGCAAAUGCUGUACAAGUUAAAAACUUCAAAAAUAUUUGAAAAACGGAAGUUGGAAGGCAAGCCAUCAGCAGAUAUGAUAGAAGAGGACCCUUAUGCAAUCCAGUUAAUGUACUGGUGUCCUGAAAGUAGAAUAUUUUGCAUAGCAGGUGGCUCUGCAUAUGUUAUCGUUUAUAGAUUCAGCAAACAUGAAGUUAAUACUGAAAUAUCGUCUUUAGAGGUACAGCUCCAGAGUGAGAUAGAAGAUACCAUUAGUCCUGAAGCAGAAAUUAUGACUCCAUUAGCCGAUGCCUCUUUGGAUUUUUCAUCUUUAAAAGACCUCUCAGGCAAUUGCAAUACUCCAUCUGAGCGAACAAUGGAUUGUAGUCCAUUUCUCAGUGUGAAGACUCAUGCUGUAAGAAUGCCUCCUGGUUAUCAGGCAGAACUUGUUAUUCAAUUGAUGUGUGUAGAUGGUGAACUUCCUCAACAAAUAACCAGCCUAGCAGUGAAUUCAGCCUAUGGAUUAGUUGCAUUUGGAAACUGCAAUGGUCUGGUUGUUGUAGAUUUUAUGCAGAAGACUAAACUGCUGAGCAUAGGAAGCUUUGACCUCCACGGAUUGAGUGAUCCCUAUCAGCGCCAGCCUCGUUCUCCUCGCAGAAGCAAGCAGUUUAGUGCAGGUGUCACAGAGGUACCCGAUGGUUCACUUCCAAUGGAGCUGGAGAGGUGCAGGUCCCCCACAGCUUCAGAUUCUGUAAAUGGACACUGUACAAAUCCAACUUCCCUAACUUACAGUUCUGGAAAACGGCUGUCCAGUGCAGAUGUUUCCAAAAUCAAUCGUCGCGUUCCUGGGAAACCUCCAUUUAGGAAAGCACAAUCUGCUGCUUGCAUGGAGAUCUCUUUGCCCAUCACAGUGGAAGAAAACAGAGAGAACUCAUUCAGUCCUUCUCGAAGUUCUAGUAUCUGCAGUAUUGACAAAGAAUCUAAGGAAGCAAUCACAGCUUUAAAUUUCAUGGAGUCAUUUUCACAGAAAAAUGACGCAUCUCUGUCUCCUUGCCUCUGGGUUGGAACAGGUCUGGGUGUAGUCUUGACUCUUUCCCUUCACCUUCCCACUGUCGAUGAAUUAAGGCAAUCAGAGCCAGUAACAAUUUCGCUCAGUGGUACAGUUCUAUCACUAAAGGGAGCAGUGUUAACCUUUGCUUGCUUGGACUGCAUGGGAACAUUCAUACAUCCUCCCUAUGAAGUAUGGAGAGAUCCAAAUGCCACUGAGGAUAGCGAAAGAACCAAUAAAAGGAAACUUGUCCUUCAUUCUUCAUGCUCCCAGAACACAAGAGACCAUCAGUUUGCCAUUAUCUGCUCAGAGAAACAAGCCAAAGUAUUUUCAUUGCCUUCCCAGAUAUGCCUCUAUGUUCACAACAUCACAGACACAUUAUUUUUGCGAGCAGAUGCAGUGACCUUCUGUAACAGUGUUUGCUUGGCAUGCUUUUGUGCCAAUGGGCAUAUCAUGAUAUUGAGUUUACCCAGCCUCCGUUCGCUGCUAGAUGUGAAUUACUUGCCUGAAACAAAUACAAGGAUUUCCCGGACCUUUUGUUUUACCAAUGAAGGACAAGCUUUGUAUCUUGGUUCUCCAACAGAAGUCCAGCGACUGAACUACAGCCAGGAAAUGUUUGACAAUCUGCAGGACAUGCUUGGUGAUUUGUUCAUUCCCAUGGACACACCAGAAGCCCAAUACAGAGGUUUUCUGAAGGGGCUGUUUGGUGGAACUGGUGGAACACUUGACCGAGAAGACCUGUUUGGCGAAGCAACAUCAGGAAAAGCAUCUCGUACUCUUGCUCAGCAUAUUCCUGGAUCAAUUGAGGGUAUGAAAGGAGCUGCAGGAGGUGCUAUUGGAGAUCUGGCUCGUGCACGCCUCGCUCUUGAUGAAAGGGGACAAAAACUUGGAGAACUAGACGAAAAGACAGCAAGAAUGAUGUCAAGUGCAGAGGCAUUUUCCAAACAUGCACAUGAGGUAAUGGUCAAAUACAAGGACAAAAAAUGGUACCAAUUCUGAUUUUCAGCCAGGAAGCUGUCCUUGAGUGUGCUGUAUUGAGAAAUUAGUGGGACAAGCUUCAACAGAAUGGCCUCUUGGCAGAAGUUGUUCCAUGCUGUUUCCUCUUUCCCUUUCCUGUCCAAAGAAGAUAGUAGUUUUCUAAGGCCACUGCAUAGUGGAUCUUUGCAUCUAUCUUGAGUCUUUUCCAAAUGAUCAAUAUCUAACAGGUAACAUUUAACUGGCUUUGAAUAUAAGCUGUAGAAAGGAAAACUCCUGGUUUGAAGCAGCAUGUAUAUAUUAGAUUGUUAAUGCAGUGACAUGAACAAAAUUUUGCAUGAUUAACUGGCUUUCUAUACAAAAAAAGCAAAGCAUGCUAUGACUAAGGAAAGGGGUUUAUUGUUAUGUUCCACAAAUACACAUAGACAUUUUAAA